AACGCCGACUAUUUGUUGGGCGCGUGGAAAAGAUUCUUAUCGCAUCGAGUCGAAAGAUCGUUGGCUUCGCGCGCGAGAGAGACGAUAACGAUGGCGGCUUCGGUGUCGGCGUGGUCGAAGCCUGGCGCGUGGGCGUUGGACGCCGAGGAGCACGACGCGGCCUCCUCAGUCGGCAACGACCUCGACUUCUCCGCCCCGCUGCCGGGGCUGCAGCAGCAACCCGACUUCCCCUCCCUCGCCACCGCCGCCGCCUCCAGGACCUCCAAGAAGAAGAAGAAGGCGCAGCCCGUCUCCCUCGCCGAGUUCACCACCGGCAAGCCCGUCUCCUACGGCGCCGGUGGCCGCGCCCUUGCUCCCGCCGCGCUCACCCCGGAAGAGCUCCUCGCGCUGCCCACCGGCCCCCGCGAGCGCUCCGCCGAGGAGCUCGAGCGCUCCUCCUCCCGCGGAUUCGGGUACUCUUACGGCGCCCGCGGCCGGGCGAACGGGGAGGAGGCCAACCCCAAUCGUUGGGGCUCGGCUAGGGUUUCUGACGAACCCAGGAGGGGUGGGUUCGGCGGAUCCAACCGGGAGCUUGAGCCAUCCCGCGCCGACGAGAUCGACGACUGGGGCGCCGCCAAGAAGUCUUCCAUGCCGGAAAGGAGGGAGAGGGUAGGCGGCGGAAGGGUCUCCUUUGAGUCGCAUUCUAGGGCGGACGAAUCGAACAGCUGGAUCUCAAACAAAAGCGUUGCCCCGCCGAGGGGCGGCGGAUUGAGUGGAUCCAGAGAGAUAGUGCGCGGUUACGAUAUGCUUAACAAGGAGGGAUCCGACAGCGGCCGGGCUGAUUCUGAAACCUGGGGAAGAAAGAAGGAUUUUGCGGCUCCUGAUGGGUGGAAAAAGGAAGAGGAACCACGCAACGGAGGAAGGCGUAGGAUCGUGUUACAGCCCCGCUCCUUGCCUCUAUCCAAUGGAGAGAAUUUAAAACCAGUCGAAGGUGAGCAGAACAUGGUAUCUCCUGAGAAGAAGAGCAAGGCCUCGAAUCCCUUUGGAGCAGCUCGUCCACGAGAAGAGGUUUUGGCCGAAAAGGGACAAGAUUGGAAGGAGAUCGAAGAGAAGCUUGAAUCCACGAAGAUCCGUGAUGUACACCGUGAAAGUCUUUCCUUUGGCAAGAAGGGAUCUGAAACUAGUAAUGGCAGCGCAGAUAGCGAUAAGGCUUGGAGGAAGCCGCUUACCACUGAGGCUUCUUCUCCUGCGAGGCAUGACAAGGCUGAGAACACAGUGCCCGAAACUGAAGCUUCUACAGCUGAUCGCCUCUGAAGUCUGAACGGGAGAGAUUUUCCAGAUGAUGGAGACCUUUUUACUGGUUUUAUGGGGGAGAAAAAAAUAUACUUCUGCUAGAAAGCAGUUUUGGUAGUUGGAUGAGCUUUUCUACUAUAUUUUAUCUCUAGGAUUGUCGACAUAUUCUGAAUCUCUUGGGCCACUAUUGUUAUUUCUUUAGGUGUUUUUAUUCCGGGAUUUUGUUUAAUUGUUGUGGUUGUUGGUUACGUCCAUGAAGUGGUUUUGAACUGUAAUGAUUACUUGAAAUCACAUUGGUUGAGAUAAUUUAUCGUAUUUUUAUUA